GCACACACACAUCCGAGAGAGAGAUGGGCUCCUUGGUGCAAAAUGAGAACUCUCUCCCUCAUGCGGUGUGCAUACCAUUUCCAGCUCAAGGCCACAUAAACCCCAUGUUCAAACUAGCCAAGCUCCUUCACCAUAGGGGCUUUCACAUAACCUUUGUCAACACAGAGUACAACCACCGGCGACUACUGAAAUCCAGGGGCCCCAACGCCCUCGCCGGCCUCCCCUCCUUCCGGUUCGAGACCAUUCCCGACGGCCUCCCUCCUUCCGAUGCCGACGCCACCCAAGACGUCCCGUCCCUCUGUGACUCCACCAGUAAGAACUGCUUGGCUCCCUUUAGAGACCUUCUCUUCAAACUCAACAACAGUUCUUCCUCUGGUGUCCCUCCGAUCACCCGCAUAGUUUCCGACGGAAUUAUGAGCUUCACUCUCAAAGCUUCGGAAGAACUUGGUAUCCCUAAUGUUCUGUUUUGGACUACCAGUGCUUGUGGCUUCAUGGGUUAUGUUCAGUAUCGUCAACUAGUCGAAAAGGGUUUUGCACCACUCAAAGAGAUGAGUUGUCUAACAAAUGGUUAUCUAGAUACAGUCAUAGACUGGAUACCGGGCAUGAAUGAUAUACGCUUGAAGGAUCUCCCGAGUUUUAUCAGAACCACAGAUCCAAAUGAUAUAAUGCUAAAUUUCGCAAUGGAUGAAGUUGAGGGAGUUCAUAAAGCUUCAGCACUCAUUUUGAACACAUUCAAUGCUCUAGAGCCUGAUGUUUUAGAGGCACUUUCUUCCAUAUUUCCUUUCAUGUACACCAUUGGGCCUCUUCAAUUACUCCUAAAUCAAGCCCCAGAGGACAAUUUAAAAUCUAUUGGCACAAGUCUUUGGAAAGAAGAACCAGAGUGUCUAUCAUGGCUUGACUCAAAAAAGCCCAACUCAGUUGUUUACGUGAAUUUUGGCAGUGUCACAGUGAUGACACCCCAACAACUCAUUGAAUUUUGUUGGGGACUUGCUAAUAGCAAUCAGACAUUUUUAUGGAUUAUAAGGCCCGAUUUAGUCAUCGGCGACUCGGCAAUUUUACCGCCGGAGUUUGUGACGGAGACAAAAGAAAGGGGUCUACUAGCAAGCUGGUGUCAUCAAGAACAAGUUCUGAGCCACCCAUCGGUCGGAGGGUUCUUAACGCAUUCUGGGUGGAAUUCCACCAUUGAAAGUGUGUGUGGAGGUGUGCCCAUGAUAUGUUGGCCUUUCUUUGCAGAGCAACAAACCAAUUGUUUGUAUUGUUGUAGUCGUUGGGGGACUGGGAUGGAGAUUGAGAGUGAUGUUAGGAGGGAGAAAAUUGAGGGCCUUGUGAGGGAGUUGAUGGUUGGGGAGAAGGGUAGAGAGAUGAAGAAAAAGACAAUGGACUUGAAGAAGUUGGCAGAAGAGGCCACUGCUUCAAGUGGGUCAUCGUCCAUUAAUUUCGAGAAAAUAGUUAGCGAGGGAAUGGGUCGUCGCUGGUGCUGUCAUCGUCACCUCAAGCUGGUGGUUGUGGUGCUGCUUGAGGGUCGGUGGGAUUCUUAUCUGUGGCUUGGGAUGUGGGCGUCAUCUUCAUGCGGUGAGAUGGGUAUUUUUAUCAUAUUUGUGAUAAUUAUUUUUAUUUUUAUUUUUUGAUAUCACUACAGUGAUAAAAUAAUUCAUAAAUAUGAUAAAAAUAACUAUAAAUAUGAUAAAUAGAGGUGAUGGUGUGUGUUACAUAAUUGAACAGAACUUAUGACGUUUAGAGAUUAAUGAGUCAUUAAACAAGUCUGUUAGAGCUUCUAGACUUUUAAGAUUUGAACAAGGGAGAUGGGGGAUGUGACACAAAGUAUUUAUAAUGGUUCACUAACUUGAGAGUUAGGUUAAUCUACUCUGAAAAAAAAAUUUUGCUCCUUAAGAUUUUAUUGAUCAAAGGGAGAAGAUUGCACAAGGUAUUUGCUAAAGCUAGUUAUUUGUGUUUUUAUUACGAGGAACAAUCCUCUUAUUUAUAGUCUUCUAAAG